UGUAUUCUUCUAUACACAUCGUUACGGUAAAGCGCAAAGUAAAAGUGCCUAUAGUACUUAGGAUCAAAAAAAUUGCCCAAACAAUAACGUCAAAAUGAGACUAACUACUAGUUCAAGAGUGUAUUACAGACCCUCGCCUCCAAAAAUGCCUUCUGGUCUUGUGGAGUUAAUGGAAGGUUUAACAAGAGAAGUGCUUAAAAAUAAUCCAACCGACCUUUAUGGAUUCUGCGCCGGACAUAUAGAGCAUUUACUGGAGAUUAGAGAUGGCCCUCAAUCAAAAAAAUCAUUAUCAUUACAACAAAAAAUUGCCAAAGCCCAAGAAAAGGUUCGGCAGAGAGCUGAAAAACGGAGACAGCAAUAUGACAAGGAACUGUUACUACGUAGAAAAAGUCCCGAAAGUUCUACUCCACACGAGAACGAUAGUCUCCAACAGACCACCGCUACGGGUAUUACUCAAAUUAUCGUUAGCCAAGAACUGGCUAAUUCGUCAGAAAUUGAAAUUUCACAUAAACCCGAUAUAGAUAUCCACUCUACAGAUGAAGCCAAUGCAGUAAAAGACGAAGUUAAAAUAGAAGAGGAUGUGAUCAAAACCUCUAAUGCGAUUAGAAGCGUGCCUACAGAAAGUAUGAUAAAAGAUGAAUUAAUUCCUUCGGAAUCAAUGAAAGCAGUAGAAGUUGAAAGUUUGACGGAUACGCCAACAAAAGAGCCUGAAGACAUGAAAUCUGAAAUAAUAAACGAUCUAUCAACGCCUAUUCAAUCUAGCAAUAAUACAGCAGAACCGACUUCUGAUGAGCAGGUGACAAUUGUUCCAGAAACUAAAACGGAAUCAAGUGAUUCAGCUUUCAAAGAUGUUGAUAAUGAUAAUUUAGCGAGUAUUGUGGUCGAAACUGUAGGUGAAUUAAAGGAUGAUAAAGAUUCGAUGCAACACGACAAAGAAGCUGAUGAAGAUGACGGCGAUAAAAAUAAGGAUACAAACCCCGAAUCAAAUAUUCAGAUAUCAGACUCAAAAGAAGUUCUGGAUGAAAGCACAAAAUUAGAAAUCGAAAAUAAUAAUCUGGCAUUAGAUGAAGAAAAAGUUAAUAAUGAGACAAAUGAUACUCAAAGUACUCCUCCCCUUGAUCAACAUUUGGAAGACGCAAAACCUGACCGAAUAGAUGAUCUUAAAGAUGAACAGCCGGCUGCUGAAAUCACAGACAACCAAAAUAAUCCAGAAACGAAUACUAUCACUGUGUGUUUUCAAGAGUCACCUGCUCUAGAUUUGCAAAGUCCCUUAUUAAACUCAGAUUUACUCGAAACUUUAUCCGCGACCGACACCGACUCGGAAGCAACUACAGCUACACUCAUAAAUCAGGAUUCCAUUAAAGAGGAAGAUCUUUCAAAUCCCACGAAGCCUGAUGAAAUAGUUAAGGAAUUGCAAGUUAAUAAAGAAACAAUUGAGUCCGACUCAAUUACUUCUAAUGAUGAAAUAAACCAUGAUAAUGGUCUUGAGCUGAAUCACGGCGACAAUACUGAUUCGAUUGAAAACUUUGAUAUUGAGCCUAAAAAUAUAACUAGCAAUAUUAACGAGAAUGAAAAUCCCAUAUCUACAAACCAGAAUGAUGGCCGGCAAGGUAGUAAUCAGGAUAGUAAUAUGGAUUUGGAAACUGCAGCAAUAACGAUUCAGAAGGUAUUCCGAACUUUUAUGUUCAAGAGCAGAAAUUCUACAUUCGACGACGACGCUGCUACUAGUGACGAAACAAACUUUUUGGAUGAAGACGAUAAAACAAAGGUUGAAUGCAAUUUCCCUGUAACAAGCUUGAAUAUGGAAAGAAGAUCUCACGGACUUACCAGGAUGGAUACAGUAUUACAAACAGUUAAUGAGGAAAAAUCGCUUUCACUAUCUACUGAUGAUUCGUCAACUUUGUCAAGUGCCGCGACUGUAAUCCAAGCUCAUGUUAGAGGAUUCUUGGUCAGAAACAGGCUGAAUUCUAACAAGACCAUUUCUACAAACUCUUUAGCUGCUAGUAACCCUUCACUACCGUCACUUGAAAUGGACAAUGAUCCCAAUAGAAAUAAAACAGUAUUGAAUAUUCACAUAGUUCCUGAAGGAGGAAAUUAUUUAAGUAGAGAUGAAAGUUUAUUGACUUCCAUGGACCUCUCCCUCGACAAUAGCCCGCCGUCGUCCGUUAAUUUACAUCCUCUGGGUAACGAUAAAAUUAUUGAAAGGCGAAAGCAGCUAAAACGAGAAGACGCUAUACAGUCUAUCUCUCCCCCCAGCAAUAACAGCGGAAAGCUAAGUGAAGAUGUUGAUUCUGUAAAAGAAUUGCCUCUGAGUGAUCCUGUCGUCGAACAGCAGCCAGAACAUGCAGACUCCUUGAAAGAUGAUAAUGUUGAAAACACAGAUAAUGCUCUUGUAUUAGACACUAAAAGAGAUCCAGACUCCUUGAAAGACGAUAAUGUUGAAAACACAGGAAGUGCUCAUGUAUUAGACACUAAAAGAGAUGAUCUUGAAUCUACUGUUGAUUCAAAGGAACUCACAGAGAAUACUACUGAGCCCAAUGUCGAUCAAACUGAGAUUAAAUCAAGUCAAGAAAAAGCAAUUUUAUCAAAACAAAAUUCCGAUGAAAUGGAUGUUGUGAGUCCUUUUAUAUCAAAUGAAGAUAAGUCCGAUUCAAAAUUGAUGCAUUCUGGAGAGUUUCACGAUGGAGUGCUUCCUACCAAGGUGUCUCGCAGUGACACGUCCGUCGCCAGUGAAUUCAAGAAUGUACUGGUGUACUUUUUGCUUUGGAACAAUUCAUAACCAUUGUAUUUACCCAGAUUAUAAUAAAAUAGUUUAUAAUCAUCUUUUACCCAUUAUACUUUAUUGUUUUAUUUACUUAUUGUCCUAACUAUUCGAAUCAUGACUUAGUUUCUUCAGAGGAACUCUCGUAUCUAUGAGCCAAACUGCGAGCGAUGAGCCUGGUGAUUUCGAACGAAUAUAAAAAAAAGGUUAAUAGGUACCUACAAAACUGUGUAAGCAAUAUAGGUAGGCCCUCUUAUAUUAAUUUAAUAAACGGGUCAGCAUUCUAAUCGCAUUAUUUGCCUUGAGUUUUACAAUUCCGGACAUUUUUCAUUUCCUUAACUUGCAACACCAAAAGCCAAUAUAAUGCCUCCUGUACACGUAGGCGGAUGCAUCCUCAGAUGGUAUCGGCGGACGCGUCCGCCGACGUGUGGAGGGGGU